CCUUACGUUGAGGGAGGAUGUGGUAAGGGACCCCUGCCUCUGUCCCCUCCUCAGCACGUGUCCCUAUGCCCUUUGCACGUGGUGCCAGAAGAAGCAGGCUACGCUGUGGCUGGCCCGUCCGUGGGCUGGGAAAGGAGUGGCCACGGUGACACCCACCCGCCCACCAGGCUGGUGGUCUAGCCCCCUCGGGGCGCCAAACCAUGAAGUGCUCCCUGCGGGUGUGGUUCCUCUCCGUGGCCUUCCUGCUGGUGUUCAUCAUGUCACUGCUCUUCACCUACUCCCACCACAGCAUGGCCACCUUGCCCUACCUGGACUCCGGGGCCCUGGGCGGGACCCACCGGGUGAAGCUGGUGCCUGGCUAUGCUGGCCUGCAGCGCCUCAGCAAGGAGGGGCUCACCGGCAAGAGCUGUGCCUGUCGCCGCUGCAUGGGUGACGCUGGCGCCUCCGACUGGUUUGAUAGCCACUUCAACAGCAACAUUUCCCCCGUGUGGACCCGAGAGAACAUGGAUCUGCCUCCAGAUGUCCAGAGGUGGUGGAUGAUGCUGCAGCCCCAGUUCAAGUCACACAACACCAACGAGGUGCUGGAGAAGCUGUUCCAGAUAGUACCAGGCGAGAACCCAUACCGUUUCCGGGACCCCCACCAGUGCCGGCGCUGUGCAGUGGUGGGGAACUCAGGCAACCUGCGGGGCUCUGGCUACGGUCCAGAUGUGGAUGCGCACAACUUCAUCAUGAGGAUGAAUCAGGCGCCAACCGUGGGCUUUGAGCAGGAUGUUGGCAGCCGAACCACCCACCAUUUCAUGUACCCAGAGAGUGCCAAGAACCUGCCCGCCAACGUCAGCUUCGUGUUGGUGCCCUUCAAAGCCCUGGACCUACUAUGGAUUGCCAGCGCUUUGUCCACAGGGCAGAUCCGAUUCACCUAUGCGCCAGUGAAGUCCUUCCUUCGAGUGGACAAAGAAAAGGUUCAGAUCUAUAACCCAGCCUUCUUCAAGUACAUCCACGACCGGUGGACAGAGCAUCACGGGCGGUACCCUUCCACAGGGAUGUUGGUGCUCUUCUUUGCCCUGCAUGUGUGUGAUGAGGUGAACGUGUACGGGUUCGGGGCCGACAGCCGGGGCAACUGGCACCACUACUGGGAGAAUAACCGGUACGCGGGCGAGUUCCGGAAGACGGGAGUGCACGACGCCGACUUCGAGGCCCACAUCAUCGACAUGCUGGCCAAGGCCAGCAAGAUCGAGGUCUACCGAGGCAACUGAGCCCAGCCUCGCCGCGACCCUUCCGGCCCAGCCGCGAGGCGGCGGCGCGCGCUCCCAGCCGGGACUCCGGGCCAGCCCGAGGGCGACGGCCUCGGCGAGGGCGCGGCGCCCCGUUGGGCGUCUCCAGGCCUUGGGAGCGACGCCAGGCCGCGGUCUGGACCAAUCAUGCUGCAACUCCAGCGAGCGCCGGCUGUCCCCCGCCAAUCAAGAGACUCUGGGGGCUGGCCCGGGCCUGGCACCCAAUCAGCGCUGCAGUCGGCGCGGAGACUCUUUCUCCCAACCAAUCAUGCGACUCAAGGAGAACUUCCGGCGCCAGGCCCCGUCUCCUCCAAUCAAUGGCCUUCGGAGGCGGGCCGGCGGCCGCUGAAUCCCCACUCCCCUAUGCUUUGGGUAGGAUUUUAUUUCAUGCUUUUUAAGGAGUAGUGUGGUUGGUUCCGGCCUCAGUGAAGUACUUUCCUCAGGCUCUGCAGGAAGAGUGUCAGUCGCCUGUCGGCCUUACUCGGCCGGGGGCACCGAGGAGGAAACGGUGGGGAAGGUGCGGGGCAGCGGCGGCUGGGCUUUCCUUUGCCGG